AUGGGCUCGGACAUCUGGGUCGGCCCUUGGCGGCCCCACCGGCCCCGCGGCCCCAUCGCAGCGCUCUACAGGGGCCCAGGGCCCAAAUACAAGCUGCCACCGAACACCGGCUACAUGCUGCACGACCCGUCGCGGCCCCGCGCUCCGGCCUUCUCCUUCGGCGCGCGCCUCCCCACGCAGCAGACUUCUUGCGGCCCGGGGCCCGGCCACCUGGUUCCUGCUCGCAUGACCGUGCGCGGCCCCGACGGCACCCCCGCCUACUCCAUCUACGGCCGCCCCCGCCACGCAGCGCCCCUCCUCACUCCCGGACCCGGCACAUACUUCCCUGAGCGAGCUGGGAACGCGACGUACCCCUCUGCGCCUCGGCAUACCAUCGCUCCCCGAAACUGGGGCAUCCCUGAGGAGCAGCAGACCCCAGGCCCUGGGACCUACAAUGUGCCCUCGCUCUUGGGUCCGCGCGUCAUUGGUAAAGUCUCGGCCCCAACUUACUCCAUCUAUGGCCGCAGCGCAGUGGGCAGCUUCUUCGAGGACCUCAGCAAGACCCCGGGCCCCUGCGCCUACCACGUGGUGAACACUGGGAUCUACAAGUCUCGGGCCCCCCAGUUCUCGAUGCUGGCGCGGACUUCGCUCCCCCAAGACAACACCCUGAAUCCGGGACCCGCAGCCUACAAUGUGGACCAGGUGGUCUGGAGUCCCGGGCCAAGGCACCGGAAGCCUCGCGGCUGCAGCUUCGGGAUCCGGCACUCGGACUACCUUGCCUGGGUCCUGACCAAUGCAGAUGAUUGA